AUGCCCUACAACACCCGUCGCAAGUCACUAUCACUACCUUCUCUCGGCAUUCACCUCCCCAAUUCAUCGCGCCGCUCGCCCUCCAUCUCAAAAAAUGCGGCGACCGACGAUGUUCCCCCUGCGAAGAAAGUGAAGCGAUCGCACACCUCAUUAUCCCCCGAGCCAUCCGCCGCGGACCGCAAGGACUCGCUGGGACGCGCCGGCCGGCGAGUCGUCGAGCACACCCCGCCACCCUCUCCUAUGGAUGGGGGCGCGGCCCCCAAAGUCGAUACCGAAGGCAUCAGCGAUGAUAUUGUGGUUGCGGUGAUUCAACAACUGGAGAAAACGGGCAACCGCCCUCAUCUGGUCAAGGAACUGGCCGCGGUUCUCGUGACGAUGAACUCGACGGUCGCAAACUCUGCGAACCCUGCCGCGUUACUCUCAUCGCGCCUCGCCGCCUACAUGAAACGACCCUGGACAGCCCUUGCUCCGUGCCCCAUGGCCAAAGAACUGAUUCCAAUUCACCCGCGCAAAGUGUACUAUUAUCUGACGACCUAUCCUCGUCAACCUAUCCCGGAUCCAUCCGAUGACAUAAUGUCGGGCGUCGAUGGGAAAAACAUCACCCCCAGUGUCUCCAGUAUGGAUCAAGAUGAGGAGGACUUGGCGGCGCGCCAGCGAAGUCCCAGUCCGGAGGUCGAUCUGUCAUCUCCCGAUUUCGAGGAAGCGCCCAACGCCGAUCUCAACGAUCUUCCAGGUCGAGGAACUGCGAACGACCAGUUCCCGGACCCCUCUAGCCAUACCCGUCUGAUGCACUCGAACCGCGCCGCGUCUCCACCCCUGGAGGGUGAUGAGAAGGAAUUCACUCAGACGGCGAGUGCGGUUCGUGAGCGUGCAUCGGAGGAGAAAGCCAACCAGUCCGCGCGAGGACUCUCCGUGCUCUCCGAGCGCCUCAGCUCGGGCGACGAGAAGAGGAGCACGGCCAACUCGCCUGACCACCGCGACUCUCUGCCUUUCUCAAAUGAUCGGAUGUCGGAACAGGAAUUCAGUGACUACUUCUCACAUAUGAACUCGAAUGUUUCCAUGGGGGUGGACUUUGACGAGGUUGCUGCUGCUGCCUUGUUCGGGACCUCGCCUUCUCCCUCGUUGACCUCGGUCGCGUCGUCCGUCUCGUCCGGUACGGGCGCCGAUGCUGCCUUGGACGACGAGACAAACGCGCCCCCUGCCGCUCCGCAAAUCAGCCUCCCCGAGAUGGCUCCCGUGUCCACGUUGAAGCGUUCUCUGGACAUGUUGAACAGUGGCCUGCCCGACGUCGACAUGAAGAUGUUUGACUUGGCCGAGUCGCAUCAGAAGCUCAGUCUGGGUCCUCGCUCGUUGAGCGGCACUUCCAGCAGCGAUUCUACCUUUGAUUCCUGGCGAGAGCUGCAGAAUCCGGAGACCGUUGACUUUGAUGAAUUGGACGAGAUGUUUGGCGAAAUCUAA